AUGGCGUGGGAUCACCUCUCCGUCACCAAACCGCACUUGGUGUACAUCAUCCUGGGCGGCUUUACCACCCUGUUCAUGCUGUGCUCUUCGGUGAUCAAGGAGCGCUUGUACAUUGGUGAAGCCACUGUUGCCACGCUCUGUGGUAUCAUAUUUGGCCCCCAUGCUGCAGACCUCAUCGACCCAGCGACCUGGGGCAACGUCGACUUGAUCACCCUAGAGUUCUCGCGCAUUGUGUUGGUCGUGCAAUGUUUCGCUGUCGGUGUAGAGUUGCCCCGGGCAUACAUGGAGAAGCACUGGAGAUCUGUUGUUCUGCUCCUCAUCCCUGUCAUGACUUUUGGAUGGCUGAUCACGAGUCUCUUCAUUUGGGGUCUGUUCAAUUCACACGUGAACUGGCUUGACAGUCUCUGCAUCGCCGCCUGCGUUACAGCCACUGAUCCCGUUUUGGCUUCGUCUGUUGUCGGAAAAGGCAAGUUCGCAAAGCGUGUCCCGAAGCAUUUGCGAGAUCUGCUUUCCGCCGAAUCUGGUUGCAACGACGGCAUGGCGUUUCCAUUUGUAUAUCUGGCAAUCUACCUAAUUCGAUACCGCCCGGAUGCCAACAAGGUCGCCCUUCACUGGUUCUGUUACACCAUCCUCUACGAGUGUGUGUUUGGCGCUGUUUAUGGAGUUAUCAUCGGCUACGUUGCCCGCCGCCUGAUUCGACUUGCCCAUGAGAGAGACUUGAUCGACCGAGAGAGUUUCCUCGUAUUCUACUUUGUUCUAGCUUUGUGGUGCGCUGGUUCGGGCUCGCUGCUUGGUUUAGACGACCUGCUUGUGGGCUUCGCUUGUGGAGUCGGCUUUUCCAACGACGGAUGGUUCCUUGAGAAGACCGAAGAAUCCCACGUGUCAAACGUCAUCGAUUUGCUUAUCAAUUUGGCCUUCUUCGUUUACUUCGGCUCUAUCAUUCCUUGGUCCCAAUUUAACCAGCCAGAACUCCUUGGUACCACCCCCUGGCGUCUAGUCGUUUUGGGUUUGUUGGUGCUCUUCUUCCGCCGGAUUCCCAUCAUGCUCAUGUUGAAACCUUUUAUCCCAGAUAUCAAAACGUGGCGAGAGGCUUCUUUCGCCGGUCACUUCGGACCCAUUGGUGUUGGUGGUCUCUUCGUAGCUAUCCUCGCCAGAGCAGAGCUGGAGACCGAGUCUACAACCCCUCUGGCUCAGCUUCCCGACCCGGACACAGAAUACUCCAACAUUAUCGAACUUAUUUGGCCGAUAACCUGUUUCUUGGUUAUUGUUAGUAUCAUAGUUCAUGGAAGUUCCAUCGCCGUCUUUACUCUGGGCAAGCGUAUCAACACGCUCACGAUUUCAAUGUCUUACACGCAAGCUAAUGAGGACGGGCCUAGCUGGAUGGAUCGCCUUCCACGCAUUCAGUCUCGAUCAAAGUCUCAGAUGUCUGGCCGCCGUUUCUCGGAGUCAUCAAUGGACGAGAAGAACGAAUCAGGAGAAACAGGACCAGGUCUUCUCCCUCCCCCUGGUUACGGAGGCAAUUUCCUACGUCGCCAGAAGGAAGAGGAAGACGCAAGCCAAUCUGGCUCUGUUCGCCCAACAGCUCGACAGCGGAGAUCGAAGUGGGAUGCCGGUCGUGGGCCAGGUGGCCCCAUUUCGCAAUCUGCGAUCCAUCCGAACAGACGUGACGAGGAGAAAGCUGAAGCUGUCUCACCAGAGGAUGAUACAGAUACGUUUGACGACAAGUUGGCCGUCUCGAGCGAUAGCUCAUCGAACGGCAAGAGCAAGAUGAAGGAUAUCCAAGCAGAGGAGGAGAUCUACCAAGAAGGUGGACACACAGUUAUCGAAGAUAAAGAAGGUAACGUCCUUGGCGUUAGAGACAGCCAUGGUGAGCAUGGAGUCCAAAGACGAGAGUCAGACAUUAUGGCGGCACGGAAAUUGAUGGCAGAGGACCGCGUGGAGCACGGCGUUUCGCAGAAGGCGCAUGAAGGCAAGGCAGAACAGGCGCCAGGAAAGGCGAUGGAUGCAGCUGAGCACCCUCAAAAGACAUGGCGCAAACGGAUGCAGAGCUUCACCGGUCAUCAUCACACCGAGAACGGAGAAGUAAUUGAGAAACCGAAAGCACAGAGACCUGAGCGUCAACGAGGCCCCGCACUCGCCUACCAGUUCGGUAACACCAUCAUUGUCGAAGACGAGGACGGCGAAGUUCUUAAAAAGUACGACAUCCCGUCCAAGCCAAAGGAAGGAAAAGAACAGCGGCCUGGAGCAGCGCGCGGAACCUCGAUGAUCGAGACAUCUGGCCGUGCUAUGCAGAGCUUGAAGCGCAUGGGCACGCAUAUGGGCAUACCAGCGCACCACGAGGCAGGGCCUGCUGAGGGUCAAGGUGCUGAGGCGAAGGCUGGCACUGCUGAAGGAAAGAAAAAGAAGAAGAAGCAGCCUGAGGAAGACGAUCCAAACCUUCGUUUUACGCUUGAGGCUGGUGGACGUAGGAUGAGCAAGUCAGAGUUCAUCCAGCAGAUGACCCAGUUGGAUCCCAAGGCUCGUGCUAAGAUGCUGCAGAACAGCAAUGUACCGGAGUCCGUCAAGCGUGAGGCACACCAGGACGCAAAAGAUCACCACCGCCGAACGCAAGCGGCAUCUGAGGCGAACAUACCUCCAAUCAUUGGCGAAGAGGGUGAAGCUGAGCUGCACAAGAUCGAGUCCCCGAUAGCCCAGAAAGAAGGCCACCCUCGUGGACCUGAAGGUUUGACGCUGAUCGACAGCAACGAAGAGCAAGUUCCCUUCCACUCUGUACCACAGACUUUGGCGGAUCGCUCCUCCGACCAGAAGAAUGAAACCGCAGCACAACGCCGACGUCGUCUAGCGACGGAAGAGUCUCAAGCGACUCCUGAGGUAGUAGAUGACGGAGGAAAAGAUGAUGAAGAGACCCCUGCGGAACGCCGUCGUCGCCUCGCUGCGCUCACAGGGUCUACGUCUCCUCCAGCAAGCCAAGCUCGUCGUCCGAUGUCACCGGAACAGCAGCCAUCAGCUUCCAGCGACGGUUUCGAAGGCGAGACGGCAGCUGAACGCAAACGCCGCCUCGGCGCUCUGGGAGUAGGUGGAGAAGAGACUCCCGAGUCCGACUCGGAAGGCGAGCCUGAAAUCGGUGAUCCUAUGGAGACUGGUCGCGGCACGCAUUCACAAACAGCCAAACAAAAUCUUACACCUUCUCGCGUCCCGGGCAUUCGGUUUGCGGACCAGCCCCGCAUCCCUACGAAGGAUGAGCGCGCCGCUGAAGAGGCAAGAGAGAAAGACGAGACAGAAACUACGAAGAGGAGCAAACUUGGCGGCUUCCCCUGGAGCAGUCGCAAGUAG